CACUAAAAGAAGAAAGGAAAGAGGAAGCGAAGGACUUGUUUUUGUUUCCUCAAAGGCCUGAGUUUUGUUAAUAUGCCUCAGCCAGUUUCACUUCAUUGCCAUAAAAACAGCUGAAUAUAUGAUCGUUUUGGCCAUGGACUCACUGAAGGCUGGACAACAGAACCCGGCGACGGCGGCCACAGUCCAGGCCAGUCUGGUAUGCCAGGGUGUAAACAACCAGAGCUACAUCUGUGAAUCGGGCCAUUGCUGUAAAGAGGCUCAGUGCUGCACCUACUUUUAUGAAGUGUGGUGGUUCUGGCUGGUGUGGGCACUCAUCAUUAUCCUGACAUGCUUUUGUGUGUGUCAGCACUGGCGGGCCAAGCAGCGUUUCCAGCAGCAGCGCCGACAGAAUGAGAUCAACCUCAUUGCCUACAGAGAGGCUCACAACAACUCUCAGCUGCCCCUCUAUCUCAGAUUUUUGCCCAUCUACCUCCUGCCGGCCUAUGAAGACGCAGUUAACCGCCCAGCUACACCUCCUCCUCCAUACACCCCUCUCCAGCCAGCACCUCCACUCUCAGAUCCUACUGAUGAAGCCUCUGUCUCCCCCCUGGUUGUCUCCAUCCCCAUCGAUGCUGACGUAGCCGAUGAGACUCCAGAGGCCACACACAUCCAAUCUCACAGCACUAACAACCACAACAAAGACUUGACGCCAGGCAGGUACCGGCGCUUCACUGGGGAUUCUGGGAUCGAAGUGUGUGAUGGCCAGGAUCUGUGGGAUCAACAGGACUUUUUUGAAGAAGGAGAAAUGCUGGAAGAAGAGGGUGCAAGGAAACCUGAAGAGCACAGUGAUCCCCAGACUCUUGAGCCUAAUCACGUUGGUGCACAUGUCGACACACCUCCAGCUGCAGACACACAACCAAAGUGUCUGUGGUGA